AUGUCAUUUAAUUUUAAAGCAGCAGAAUGGUCAAAAUUUCGAAGCAAAUUAGAUCAACAACUGAUGCUAUGGAAUAAUGAUCGUCGUUUAGAUUCAGCGUUAGAUAUAGAAGAAUAUACGCCGUUUACUACAAAUUCCAUAUUAGUAGCAACACAAGAAGCUAUUCCACUGUCCAAACAAACGAAUACAAGACCUAUGAUAAGUGAAGUUACGAAGAGAUUGAUUACACAAAAACAUCAAGCUUUUCGUCGAUGGAAGAAGACUGGAGAUUAUCAACAUAAAAAUCAAUAUUAUAACUCCAAAGUCUUAUUAACAAAUUCAAUUAUAAAUGACAGAAGAGACAACUUUAACCAGUUAAUGUCAUCAUUAUGUCAAAAGGAAAUGUAUUCGGAUAAAGUUCGGCAGACGGUUCGUAAGUUUCAUAACAAACGAGGGUGGGUGUCGGUGGGGUGUGUAUUUUAGAAUAAUCGCCGUUCCACGACAACAGUUGUUUCUGUCUUGGCGGGACUUCGUCAGGUGGAUUUACUUAAUAUCAUAUCUAUAUAGGAAUGUAAUUCUUAAAUAAUUAUGUGUAAAUACAUUUGAACUACACUGUGAUAGAUACAAUAAUUAAUUUUAUAGAAUAAAGAAUUGAAAUUCAAAGCAUCACACGACGCGUUUCGUCCUUGCUUAAGGGACUCAUCAGGCAUGUUUAGAAUUUCAUAAUUACAUGUAAGUCAUAGCUCACACAAAGUUUUGGAGAAGUUAUGGCUAAAACGUAAUUAGAUAAAAGACUCAAUAGUAUCAUAUAAUUUAGAACUCAAGAAUUGAAAUUCAAAGCAUCACAGUGAAAUAUAACUAUCAUAUUUAGAUUUCAUCGAUUUACAUGAUAGUUUGAUCUACUUGGCGGAAGGGAGUGUUCGGGUUAGUAAAGAGUUAUUCUAUUGGAGGAAUUUGUAUGUGUCUCUAAGGUGCUGAGUUAUUGAAUUAUUAUUGAAUUAUUUUUGGAUUUUAAAGUGGAAAGCUUACCUUCGUUGAGUGUUUUGUGAGUUGGUGAGGCUUCGAUAUGAAUUGUACUUCAUAGUUGUGUAAUUUUUGUUGGAUGUAGUGUAGCUGUUUUAUCUAAAAUAGGAUUAAUUUUAUUUUGAUGUAGUCAUUUUUGUU